CGUACAGUCAAUAUAAUAUUUUAAAAUAAUAGUUUUUGAUAGAUCAUGGCAGGAAGAUGCACAACAGGCUUGCUGUUACUUUGUCUUACAGCCUUGUUCAGCUGCCUUUUUGCCUCUCCAGACGUCUGCAGCAACUCCUUCAUACCUGGAGCUAAAGGAGAUCAAGGUGAGAUUGGAGAAGAGGGAGAUGAGGGAAAAGUGGGGAAGAACGGCCCUCCAGGAGUUCCAGGAGUGCCCGGACAAGCGGGGCUCAAAGGAGAGCUUGGUCCCCUGGGAAAGACGGGACCCGGUGGAGAUAAAGGGGACAAAGGAGACACAGGUUUGGAUGGACCCUCUGGUUUGAAGGGGAAAGCUGGCACUACAUGUGACUGUGGAAAGUACCGGAGGGUGGCGGGACAGAUGGAUGUCAGUGUUGGCAAGCUGAGGAAUGCACUCAAGUUUGUCAAGAAUGUCAUGGUGGGCUUAACAGAAAAUGAGGACCACUACUACCUGCUGGUGAGGGAGCCCAAAAAGUUUAAGGAGGCCUCUUUGAACUGCAAGCUAAGAGGCGGUGCCCUGGCCAUGCCCAACACCAUCACCUGUAACCGCCUCAUGGCAGACUAUGUCGGUCAGGCAGGACUCACACGGGUUUAUAUCGGAGUGCAGGCUCACAGCAACUACACAGGUGGAACAAACAGUUCCCAGGAUGUUCUCUCCAGUCCACCACAGGAGUUUACAGCUUGGAGUCUGGACGAGGAGCUCAGUCCUUCCAGCUCCAACUCAACCUGUGUGGAGCUGCUCAGCACUGGGACAUGGGGACGUGUGGGGUGUGACACCGCUAUGUUUUUCAUCUGUGAGUUUCCAAAAAGCAGGAGAAGAGGAGGGGCUAUAGGGGCUACCAACUCAUCAUCUUGAGUCAUUACUCAGAUGUUCAUGCAAGUACAAAUAAAUAAAUGAUGUAUCAAUUUUUUUAAACCACUACAUGUACUACUUUCCUAUGGGGUUCAAA